GAAAUAUUUAUUCUGCAAAGUAUCUAGAAACCAAUAUAAAUUACUUCAAAGCGUCGUGCAGUUGUGCAGUUUCUGUUUGGGUCGAAGAUCAGACGCUUUAAAAAGACUCUUCAUUAUUUCUAUGCAACAAUGACUGUCAAAGUAGGAAUCAAUGGAUUUGGUCGAAUUGGACGUCUUGUGUGCCGGACUGCUUUUGAGCAUGAGGAACUUGAAGUAGUUGCCGUCAAUGAUCCAUUUAUUGAUUUGGACUACAUGGUAUAUAUGUUUCAAUAUGAUUCAACACAUGGUCGUUUUAAGGGCACAGUUGGAAAAGAGGAUGGAAAACUUGUGAUUAACGGAAAGAAAAUAACGGUUUCAUCGUUGCGGGAUCCAGCAGAAAUCAAAUGGAGUGAAGCUGGAGCGGAGUAUGUUGUUGAGUCAUCAGGAGUCUUCACAACCGUCGACAAAGCUAAUGCACAUAUAAAGGGAGGUGCUAAAAAAGUGAUCAUUUCUGCGCCCUCAGCAGAUGCCCCGAUGUUUGUUAUGGGUGUCAAUGAAGAUAAAUAUGAUCCAAAAACCAUGAGCAUUGUCAGUAAUGCAUCAUGCACAACAAACUGCUUAGCACCACUAGCAAAAAUCAUGCACGACAAUUUCGGCAUUGAGGAAGGAUUGAUGACAACUGUCCAUGCUACAACUGCCACACAGAAAACAGUUGAUGGUCCUUCCAUGAAGAAAUGGAGAGACGGUCGUGGUGCCGGCCAAAAUAUUAUCCCCGCCUCCACAGGUGCAGCAAAGGCUGUUGGAAAGGUUAUCCCAGAAUUAAAUGGCAAACUAACAGGAAUGGCAUUCCGAGUGCCAGUUCCUGAUGUUUCGGUUGUUGAUUUGACAGUGCGUUUGAAGAAAGCUGCCAGUUAUGACGAGAUAAAAGCAGUGAUCAAGAAAGCAUCUGAAUGUCCAACUCUGGGACGCUACAUGGGAUACACAGAGGAUGAAGUUGUAUCUACUGAUUUCUUAGGAGACACGAGAUCUUCAAUCUUUGAUGCAAAAGCUGGAAUUGCACUUUCUCCAACAUUUGUUAAACUUGUUUCAUGGUAUGAUAAUGAAUAUGGUUACAGUCACAGAGUGUGCGACCUGAUCAAAUACAUGGCGACAAAACAAUGACUUCAAUCGAAGAUGUGAACACCGUAAAAUUGAUCUAAAAAAAAAAACUUAAAUAAUUAGAUGUGCAUGUCAGUAAUCUUGAAAUCUCGUGUGAUUAACGCACUUCAGUUCAGUUUGAAAUAGAUUUAUCUUUUA